ACUUUGCUGCAGCCCCAACCAAUGAGAAACUUAUGCACAACCUGAGCGCUUUCUGACUGGUCCCCGCUGUCGUGACGUAAGGCACGAAGGCCGGGAACUAAGGGAAGUAUCAUUCUUGCUGUCUGAAUUUUUCCCGGGAAAGUAGCGGUGGAUGCCAUGACACAGGAUUUCAGUGGCUCCCUUACUCCCCCCUUCUCCCCAUAUUUACCGGAUCUAUUAGUGGAUGAAACAUGCAGGGCUCCCCGCUUCUCCUGUGCCCCAACCAGCUGCUCGGGGAAUGGCAAUACAUUUUCCUCAUCGUCGUAUUUAUCAAGUGGCUCAUUGAAAAGGCUUCUGUUGAGACUUGACCCCUCUCCGACUGAUUAUGAGUCUGAUACCGUGGAGAUUUUUGACUUCCCGUGGGUGGCUGAAACUGCUCUGGUUGAAUCAACUGAUCUUCUCUUUGGAUUGUUUAGGCAGAAACUUGAUAUUUUGGAAAACUUGUGCCAACCUCUCUCACUGGACCCUGGACAAUUAAGUAACAUUCACAUUGAGGCUGAGGAAAUAAGAAGCCAGUGUGUCCAGUUCUUGCAUUAUGUCAAAGUGUUUAUUUACAGAUUUCUUGAUCCACCCCAAAAAAUGGACACUAUCCCAGUUCACCCUUAUGAGGAACUGGAAGCCCAACUUCCCUCUAAGUUAAUAGAAGAACUUCAUGGUUUAAGGCUGUAUCUUGGACACCUCUGUGAACUCCCAAACAAUAUUCAGGCAGCUCUUCAGCUCCAGCAUCAUGGAAAGGUCUUGCCAGCAUCCUGGCACUUACUCCACCUUCACUUUGAUGUUCAUUGGUCCAUCUUAGAAAUUCUUCAGAUUUUGGGAGAUAAGAUGCAAGGACAAAUUGUAUAUGCACACGAGUAUAUUAACUUGAUUGGAGAAAACUUGACUAACGUGAGUCUGAUUGAAGAGCUCUGCGAAGACUUGCUGUGCGAUCUGAUUUAUUAUGCAGCAAAUAGAUAUGCUCAGGUACGUCCAUCGGAAGCUUUAAAUGAUCAAAUCUACCACUGUAUUUGUGUUAAAGAAAUGUGGAUUUUACUGCUUCAGCUUCUUGAUCAUAGAAGUAAAGGAUCUUCUUCUGAGAGUUUUUGGAUCCGAGUUAAUAAACUAUUGAAAAGCCUUAAUCAGGGUUCCAACAGUAUGGAAUCCCAUCGCAUUUCAAAAACAGUGCAAUGUAAAGACCCUUUAGGACUAAGCUGGUGGCUUAUUGCACACCUCUCACCGCUGUAUACAUUUGAUCGGAAUGGGAAUCGGGAAGAAGCAGUCCAGAUAUCAUCAAACUGGAAAUUUAUUGAAGACCUUCUUAAGAAGUCAAGUGAUGCACAGAAUGGUGUGCGUGAGGAUGAGCUUCGAAUGCAUCUGCAGUGCUGCUUGUCUUUAUGUGACAUCUGGGAGUCGAACCUUACUGCUGGAACCAUACUGUGGGAAUAUUUUAGCAAAAAUCUGAACAGUUCUUUUACCAUCCGCUGGCUAGGUUUACAAACAUUGGCAUGUGUCAGUAAAAGCCCUUGUUCUAUGCUGGAGGUGGUGAGGAGCUGCUGCACUGAUAAGCCCUCUCUUGACCUGUAUAAGUCUGAUAACAGCUACCUAAUUUUCCUGAGGAUUUUGGCUCGACUGAUGAAAAAAGACAAAGAAAGCCGUGGUGCCCAUCCUUGGAAGCAGAUUAAAGGAAGAAUUUAUUCCAAAUUCCACCAGAAAAAAAUGCAGGAGCUUACAGAGGUUGGACUACAGCACUUUUUCAUUCUUUUCCUAUUACUGGCAAUUGUGGCAGACACCGAGGAUGUUGCUAGUCGUGUUAUAGACCUUUUACAGUUUUUAGUCCCCGGCCAUCUCAGUACUUCCCAGCGGGCUCUUCUGUGGAGGGGUAAUUUUGCAUUUCUUUUGAUAUACGUGGAAAAAAACAUGGACAUAAGUGCUCUUGCAGAAAAGCUUUCUCACAGUUUCCGAGAAACUGCCAAGGAGUUCUUGGUGACAAAGGGCGAUUUUGGACAAAAACACACACUCUGGACACUGCUUUCCACAUAUGUUGAUGGUGUACAAGAGGUAUUUGAAACCAGCCACAACCUUCAGCUUUCUGAAGAAAAACUUUUGAAUGAUGGCUUUAGCAUGAUGUUGCCAGCUUGUAGAGAGUCAGAGUUAUGUUCUGUCCUAAAUUUCUUGCAAACUGCUGUAGCAAGACUCCGUAACAUCCAUAGCCGAUCUAUACAAGGACCCGGGAAUAACAGCAGCCAUGCGCAGACCUUGUUAGUGGUAAAAGAGCACCAUCUAGCUGUGGCCAAUGGUCUCUGGAGAAAUUUCUUCCCCUUCUUGAAGAACUUGAGGCUUUCACAGACACCCCCAUCCCAGCUCGCAGACACCGCUGCAGGCUACACUUUGUUGGCUUUGGCCAUGCCUAACAGCGCCCCUCCGGAGCUCCAGCCCCAGCCUUUUGUGUCGAUGUUUCAGCUGUUUGGAUGGGAUGACAUGAUUACACCUCAACUGGUGUCCCGAUAUCUGAACCACGUGCUGCCAAACGGUGAAUUUAUGGAUGCUUUCAGUGGCAUUGGAUACUCCUCUUUCCAAGCACUGUCUGUUCGUACCUGGAUUCGAUGUGUCCUGCAAAUCUAUAUUGACCAGCCUGGGGGAACAGACUCUGAACAGAAGAGCUCAAUCAUGGAGCAGCUUGGAGAAUUAACUCGACUUGUGUUCAGACUCCCAGAAGUUGAAAACCUCUUAUCCAAAGGGCAGGUGUUACCUCUGUCUUACAAACAAGAUCCCAGGAGCGCGCUGCUACAGUUCAUCAAAGCAGCCGGGGUAAUGUAUGGCAGGCUGCAGACUCUGGCAGAAAAGUCGGCCAUGGUUUCAAAAUGUCAGGAGUACCUGGGAGAUGUUCUAAAGUAUAUUAAGCCAUAUCUUACCAAGAAAGGCCCCCCUGAAGGUUUGCAAAUCACUUACAGGACUAUAGGAUGCCUGGUGAGGUAUUGGGCAUUGAUGCUCGCUACUUCCAAAGCACAGCAGCUACUGUUCCGUAUCAUUGAUUUCCUGCUUUUGCCACAUGCUUUGUUUCAUCAAGAUAAGAAUUUGCCGCCAGCCAUGCUCUCCAAUAUCCGCGAAAGUCUGCCCCAAUUUCUACAGGGUUUGUCCAUAAUAUCCCGUCAGUCUCAAGCACAAGGUGCCUAUGUAAAGCAGCAGCUGAGAACGAUUGUUCAGCAAUAUUUUGGGCGAUUUCUCCCUAGUGUUCCCUCUGCUGGAGCAGGUGGGAAUCAUCCUAUGCUGUUAGCAUUGAGUGAUACUCUGGAGAGCCAGCACUCUGUACAUCUCAGAAGGAUAAUAAUGCAAGUCUUAAGUGAAAACUACCUCCAGUUCAGAGGUAACGCUCCCCCACCUCGCCUGGCCUCUGUCUUGUCUUUCAUCUUUGAUGCUUUAAACAAAAGCAAAAAUAUUGAUACAUUUGAUGCAGAGGCUCUUCUUCCGUCUGUGCUUAAAUGCUUGAUACUGGUCAAUGAGCCACAGGUGAGAAAACUUUCUGCAGAGGUUCUACAGUGUAUAAUAGAAAACUGCCAAUCUGACCAGACAGGGGAAACUGCAACUACGCUUGCUUCUGUUUUAAGGAAGUUUAUCCAAGAGAACAGUUUGUUGUAUGACCAGCAUAUUUUUGGCAUUCUGGAAACCAUAUCUGUGCUAGAUCAGCCUCUUGUUAUCAGCUUGAUUCCCACAAUCACUCAAAGUCUAAUGGACUCAGAACAUAAGCGUGGGCUGGGCAGAAAUGCUUCUUCAAGGGCGGCUUACAGAAGAUUGCUGUCACUUUUAGGAGAACAGGGGCAAGCAGCAUUGCAGACGUUGGAUUGAUUAAAAUGGUCCCUUUAAUGUUCUCUCAGCACCAGUGAAUGGUUAACAAACCAAGUUUGGCUGCCUAACCAGAGACCCAAAAUCCUCUCCCAUAAAGCUCCUACUGACAUCUAAAACAUGAAUCUUCUGUCAGACACAUCUCCAUUUGGUCUUCAAAUGCUGCACUUGGUUAUUUAUAACCCAACAUCAUCCCCCCAUAACUUGAAUACUGGGCUCUUUUAUAUUUUAUGUAAGAAAGGUUCUAUUCCUUGUAGCCAUUCUCUUGUUUAAAAAAAAAAAUCUGCUAUAUUGUAAAUAUUUUUGUACAUUAAAAUAUUCCAUGUAGCCUUUAUAUCUUUAUAAACAUUGUUUGCUCAGUG